AUGCUCGAAGCACCCCAGACCGCUCCAGAAUCACUUCCGUCGCGGAAACGAUCCAAGGCACCCGAAGAGAAUGACGAAGACAGGGGUAAGAAACGUUCGAGAGGCCGACCACGUCUUGAUACCCGAGAUGAGACAGCCCAAGAUCGUCGUCGAACCCAGAUUCGACUGGCUCAACGAGCGUAUCGUAAUCGCAAAGACACUGCAAUUACCACUCUUGAGGACAAAGUCAAAGACCUUGAGGAUGCCAAUGAGAAUAUGAGCAAAGAAUUCAUGAAUUUCUUUGACUUUGUUCUUUCACAGGGAAUGCUUCAAGGAGCGCCGGAGGUGGCACGUCGACUGAAUGAUACAACACGAAAGUUCCUUUCUCUCACACGCAAAUCUGCCGAUGAUUCAAACAGAGAUGAUUCUGGUGGUGCUCCAGUCCACGCUCAAGUGCAAGAUGGAGAUGCGACCCAACCCCCAGAGAGACGUACAUCAGCACAAAGUUCUGGAACUUCGAGCUCACCAAAUGAUGAUUCCUACACACUAAACCCUCCAGCAUCUGAUUCAAUUUCCCAUGAGAAGCACCAAGCGACUCCGCAAGGAGUGGAUGGACAAAUACGGCAACAGGCUACUCCUCCCCUGAAUCUACCUUAUGAAAUCAUCACGAUGCCGACAACAGACAACGCGAGCUUUCCAGUUUACGAUACACAGACAACGAUUACCUUGGAGCAGAACCCUUUUCUUCAGUCACCAUUUCCUGCUGUUCCUUCACCGCCCUCUUAUUCACCUCAAGAGAGGAGUUUCGGUCGUCGUCUUCAAAGAGCAUCAUUAGAGGCAGGCCUCCGAUUAGUGUCGAUGCCUAAUCCACCGCCUCAUCGCUACGCGCAAGUUUUUGGCUUCUGUCUACUCUUUGAGCCCAGAGAGUCUAUAAUCCGGCGCAUGUCCACCACCUUGGCCAAGGUCAGCCAGGAGUCGCUCUUUGUGUGGAAAUAUCCUUUCACAAACCUUGGUGGCGCCGGGACAUUUUUCCCCGAUAACGAAGGCACUGGGAGUUACCCUUCAGAGGGUACUAACGUUAACGGAAGUACGCUGCAUCUGGGUAACCAAGGUUUGGCUCAAACUAUGAAGCCGCCAGAAAUGACCGGUUUCUCAAUGGGGCCAUUCGAUGUGGACGUGGAAACCACGAGAGGAGAUCGCAUUGAUGAGCGCAUGCGAAUGAUGUACAAGGGGUUUGAGGGAGACUUCUUUGAUGCUGAUGAGGUGGAGAAAUAUUUGCGCCAAAGGGGUAUCGUGAUUCCUGCCAACGUGGACUUUAUCGAUGCCGAAAUCGACCUGACCUCACUUGAUGAGCCAACGGACCUUUCAGGUUUUGGAACGAGUAAUAGCUUUUUCGGAGGACAUCAGUCACCUGUUUCUGGCCAAGGACUCUACAUGCCACACCAACAAUCUGCAGCAAAUAUACCUGACAUGUGGCAAAGCACGAUACCUACCAGCAUUGCCAACACUACUUCACCUACAAUACCAGCCCCGCUUAUGGCACCGACACUGGGUCCUGAUAUGGCAGGGCUCAUAUCUCAAUUUGAGCCUACAAACGGCGGACAAUACAGCCAAGGACUGGGGUCGUUCGUAGAUACAACAUUCUUUCCGCGAGAAUGGACGUCGGGUUCCAGUUGGCUGAAGACCAAAGUUACGGUGGAUGUUAACCGUUUAGUAGCCGGUGAGUUUCAUGGUGUCGAUUCACGUUUCCUGAGUUCAAUACUAACGUUGGAUAGAAAUAACGAGUAG